UGUUUUUUUACUACUACACGACAACACACAAUACAGCAACACUACACAAGCCUCCGCGGAGCGGAACAGUCUAUCACCCACAGAGACUGCACAUCCACUGACGGGCAUAUCCAUUUUCAGUACCAUUUUUGAUUGUAACGAUGUAGUUAAUGACAGCAGAAUCCGUUAAGACUGUAUUAUCAUCAUCGUUAGCUUAGCUUUCCAUUAUAAGCAAAGGGGAUUCCAGCAGUGGCUAACGGCUAUCAGCUCUAACAACAGAGGUUCUCCAAAGAUGAGCAAAUAAAAGUAAUGCCCCUUCACAGCGUAUGACCGAAGGCAUUAUCGAGCGGUAACAGGUCUGGUGGGAAUCGACGUCAAGAUGAUGAAGAAAAAGAAGUUUAAGUUUAGAGUUGAUUUUGAGCUGGACGAGCUGUCGUCGGUUCCGUUCGUCAACGGAGUUCUGUUCUGUAAAGUCCGUUUGCUUGACGGCGGAUUCUCGGAGGAGUCAUCUCGUGAGACGGUCCAGGCAAACUGUGUACGCUGGAGAAAAAGAUUCUCCUUCCCCUGUAAAAUGAGCGCUAAUGCUGGAACCGGAGUCCUUGACCCCUGCGUGUGUCGAGUUUCGGUCAGAAAGGAACUGAAAGGUGGAAAGACUUAUGCAAAGCUGGGUUUUGCUGAUCUCAACCUGGCGGAGUUUGCAGGAUCGGGUAGCACCACACGCAGGUGUCUCCUGGAGGGUUAUGACACCAAAAACACUAGACAGGACAACUCCAUCCUUAAGGUGAUCAUCAGCACACAGCUGAUGUCUGGGGACCCCUGUUUUAAAACGCCUCCAUCCACUGCAACCGUAAUAGGCAUUCAGGGUGAUGCAGAGAGCCUGUUGGAAGACAGGAAAGGAGGAGACACACAGAAACCUUUUCUGAGUCUCUCAGAGACAUCAGGGAAGUGUGGCUCUCUGCCUGAUGAGCUCGGGCUGUGCGGACACUCUCGAACGUCCAGUUACGCUAGUCAGCAGUCCAAAGUAUCAGGCUAUAGUACAAGUCACUCACGUUCCUCCAGUCUGUCGGAGUUCUCCCACAGGAGGACCACCUCGGUCGGCAGCACUUCCACCGGCAUUGCCAGCAUCCCUGAGCCCAGUGAGGAGAGUGACCAAACUACAGUGCCCCCUACAGCCCCGGGGGUCUGUGCUGCUGUGCCUGAACACCCAUCAACCCCUGACAGAGCUGCCAGCAGAUACCCAGUGAAACAGGACUCAAUGGAGUCUCAGCUGAAAAGGGUAGAUGCCACACGGGUGGAUGCUGAUGACGUAGUAGAGAAGAUCCUGCAAAGCCAGGAUUUCACCCACAGUCUGCUGGACUCCAGUGCUGAAGAGGAAGGUCUGCGCUUGUUUGUGGGGCCUGGUGGGAGCACAGCACUAGGUAGCCAUCACCUUCCUGCCAGGGUUGGAGCUGGUGCCUACGAACAGGUGGUGAUCAAACGCUAGAGUUGGGAGAUGCCAGAAGGAGAAGUGUCAAAAACCAAAGUCUGUUUCGUGGGAGGAGAAAGGGACGAAGA